AUGCCUCAGAAAGACGUUGCCGCUUCCUUCACAAAUUACCUCCGAAAGGCCUCCAAACUUUCGUGUCCCUUCCCAGGUUGUGAAGACCAAUUUCCUGCCAUUAAUGAUAGGAUACAAAAUCAUCUGCAAUCACGUCAUCAGGAUCUCUUAGAGCAAAAAGACGUUUCUUUAUUUAUUCGAGAGGUUAGAACCGGUAGCACUGUGGCCACGAGAAGGGACCCUAGCCCGCCUGCAGAGGAAGAUUCUGAAUCUCUUAAACUAAUUAAACAACCAGAAACCCGACCAAUUAGUCAAGAACAGUUGAUUACUGAGGUUAAAGGCAUAUACGCAGGGCUUGUUAUGGUGGAGCAUAAGUGUAUCGAGGUCGAUAACGCCCAGUUAACACAAAACGAGACGAAACUCAACAACGAGACGCUGCUUCAUGAGCAUCACGAUUUUUUUCUCGCCUCGCAACAUCCGUCGGCUAGCCAGGUGCUGAGACGGUUAGCGUCUAAAUAUGCCAUGCCGGCGAGGAUAUGGAGGCAUGAAUGCUUAGGAGAUUUGGGAAGAUAUAGAAUGGCAAUUGAAGACAAUGAUAUCCAGGACAGAGAGGUUUGGACAUCCGUGUCCCGGUACUGGUACUCGAAAGCGUCUAAUAAGACACCUACUACAGGAAGACUUUAUCAUCAUCUUGCAAUCCUUGCCCAGCCAGAUCCCCUUCAACAACUAUAUUAUUAUAUUAAAUCCCUUUGCAUGCCCAUUCCAUUUAGCUCAACACGGGAGUCAAUUAUGACUCUAUUCGACCCUAUUCUGGACCCCACUAAUAUUCAACAUUCUCGGUUGAUCACGAUUGAUGUGGCCUUCGUAAAGGCGCAUGGGAUCUUGUUUAGCAAUAAAUACACCGACGACUUCCUUCCAACAGUUGAUAAGUUCUGUAGUAUGUUAGAUAACUAUAUUGGCCGAACCACUAGGAAGUGGAUGGAAUCAGGCUACUAUAUCGCUGUCUCGAACUGCUGUGCCCUUUUGUCAUAUGGCCAAGAAGAUAAUAUUCUUCUAAAGGGAUUCCACCCCCAUGUGGAGGACAUAGCCGAGCUGAUUACUGAAAACUCCCUGGCCUUAUAUAAGCCAAGUAGGACAGAAGAAGGUGCGCUAAGGCUCUUUGAAGGCACCUGUGACGUCACCCUCCCAUUUCUUCACGUCAUUAUGGUUUUCAUAUUUCACCUCACAUAUUACCUAAGUGCAAUGUCCUUCAUUGAGAAGACAAUCCCCUGGAAACUAAUCUCGCUCCAACUCAACUCCCUACUCCUCUCCUGUAGAGAACAUCAUAAAAUACAUGAUGAACAGUUCCCUAGACAGGACAAAGAACUUGCCCCUCAUAAGUACUUUCCAGUAGAUUGGUUCAGCAACGAUAAGAUCGACAAUGAUGAGAAGUAUUUUGAAGUCACCUCUAUGACAGACGACCGCAAGGAGAGAAUCCUGUGGCUAGCUUGUCGGAUUACGAAGCUCGGCAAGUGGCUCACUUACGAUGAGACGUUACAUCAGUUCGGCAUUGUUCCCGAAUAUGAAAAGGAGAUAGGAGCUAUGCUAGUUAGCGGUAACGAGGGUCCCGACUGUAUUGUUUAG